AAGACACUGGAUUCCCGAAUCAGUUUUAAGCAAGGCAGCAAGCCUAGUUAAAUUGUGCUUAAGUGCGCGCACACUCGUCAGACAGACUUACCGCGGCUAGCUCGAAGCUAGUCACCAUGGUUCUGUUCAUCAAGCUCAUCCUCAGCCUCGCCGCCGUCUUCCUCUCGGCGCUCAUCCUGUCUUACUUCACCAGCGUGCCUUACCUGAGGUACCCCGACCUUCAACUCCCCUUCUACAGGUCCAAGCAGUCCAACUCGCCGCGGAUCCCCAAGCCAACGUGCGACAUCUUCCACGGCGAGUGGGUGCCGGAUCCGGGCUACUCUCCGGAGUACACCAACGAGACGUGCUCCUACAUCCAGGAGUACCAGAAUUGCUUCAAGUACGGCCGGCCGGACUCGGAGUUCCUCAGGUGGCGGUGGCAGCCGAGCCAGUGCGACCUCCCGCGUUUCGAUGCCGGCAAGUUCCUCCGGCUCGUCCGGGGAAAGACGCUCGCCUUCGUCGGGGACUCCCUCUCCAGGAACCACAUGCAGUCUCUCCUCUGCCUCUUGUCCAAGGUGGCGUUGCCCAAGGAGGUGUCGAUGACCGGGACGACGGACGAGCGGAACAAGAUCCUGUACUACGAGGACUACCGGUUCACCAUAAAAAUCCUGUGGUCGCCGUUCCUGGUGAGGACGGAGGACGCCGGCAACGACAUCAAGCUCUACCUCGACGAGCCCGACGCCAAGUGGCUCUCCGGCGUGGCCGGGUUCGACUACAUGAUCCUCUCGGGGGCCAACUGGUUCACGCGCCCGACGCUGUUCUACGAGAAGGGGCAGCUCGUGGGCGGCAGCUACGUCGCGGCGCUCAACAUGACCAGCAACCUCACGCUGCUCUACUCCCACCGGAUGGCGUUCCGGACGGCGCUCCGGGCGAUCAACGGCCAUGGCAACGUCAAGGGGAAAGUCAUCGUCCGGACGAUGUCGCCCAUGUCGCACUUCGAGGGCGGGUCGUGGGACAAGGGCGGGGACUGCAGCCGGACGCGGCCUUACCGGAGCAACGAGACGACGAUUGAAGGCCAGGAGCGCGACAUGUACACGGCGCAGGUGGAGGAGUUCAUGGAGGCGAAGAAGGCUGCGGCGGCGGCGGGCGUGGACAUGGCGCUCAUGGACUCCACGGGCGCCAUGCUGCUGCGGCCGGACGGGCACCCGAGUCGGUACGGGCAUUGGCCCGACGCGAACUGGGAGUAUAAAGACUGCAUACACUGGUGCCUGCCCGGGCCCGUCGAUGCCUGGAGCGACAUGUUGUUUCACAUGAUGUCAGACUAACAAACAUACAGGUACGCAACACAAGAACCAAACAGGGUCUGGCGCCAAGAGGUUGAAAUGAUUUAGGAGGGAGAUUAUGUCUUGAUCGUGUGGCAAGCGUGUAAUGGGUUAUUCACUGACAUGACUUGAUUUCAAGUAACAUGGCAUGUCACAUUGGUUUUGUUCCAUUUAUGUUUUGUUAUGUUAUAACCUCAUGUCUGCAUCCGUGUUGCAGAGGCCGAAUGUAGAAUGGUAGAUCUUCAAUUUUUCCGAAUACAAAUACUAGAAAUGAUCCUCUUGAAUUAUUGCCUUGGCUUACUUUCUCUCCUUAAA